GGGGCGGGGUCCAUUUUGGUGAGGGUGUUGAGAGUGGCGGUACCUCGCGAGGAGCCCAGGUGGUGUGGCUUCGCUCCGUGUUAUUUGAGAAAGCCAGCGGUGGCGGCCGAGUAGGGGGUGAAGAAGCGGGCCAGUUCCCACAGAGACCAGCAGGGGGAGCGGUGGGCUGCCGGCUGAAGCUGGGAACAGAGGGCGAGGAGGCGCUGCGGCCUAGUGGCUCCAGCCGCUGCUGCCGAGAAUCUGCGGGCUCGGGUCUGGUUCCGGAAGCGGCGCCGCUCUAACAAUAUGUUCAAGAGAAUGGCGGAGUUCGGUCCUGACUCGGGAGGAAGAGUGAAGGGUGUCACGAUAGUUAAACCAAUAGUCUUUGGAAAUGUUGCUCGUUAUUUUGGAAAGAAACGAGAGGAAGAUGGACACACUCAUCAGUGGACAGUGUAUGUAAAACCUUACAGGAAUGAAGACAUGUCUGCAUAUGUAAAGAAAAUUCAGUUCAAGUUGCAUGAAAGCUAUGGAAACCCACUAAGAGGCAAGUUUCUUUUUUAAAAUACCUUUUGGAAAA